UAUUAUUAUUAUUAUUAUUAUUAUUAUUAUUGUAGUUCCAGAUGAACGUUUCUCCUUGCGGAUAUACUGAAAGCAACGACGACGAAGGUUGCAUCUGUAACUGCAAAAGCAACAGCGCCGGUUCCUUCUUCUCUCCCGGGAAAGAUCUCAAGAAUUCGGCUCCGGUUUCUCCGCUGUUUCCGCAGGAUCCCGUCAGACAGGCGAAGCGCCUGCCGAUCCGGGUUUUGAAGAUGCUGAGUGCGCAUACCGGACACUUACUGCACCCGGAGUACCUACAGCCGCUGACAUCCGCCCCGAUCAGCAUUGAGUUGGAUGCUAAGAAGAGUCCGUUGGCCCUGCUGGCGCAGACCUGCUCCCAGAUCGGCAAGCCGGAUCCCCCGCCUUCCUCCAAGCUAAACACGGUGACUUCCAGCGGCGUCAGCGACAAGGACUCUGCUAAUAACAGCAGACCGUCCCAUUCCAGCUCGAAACACGGCGCCGGCGACCACCACCAGACCGUCGACGACAAGUCAAGCUUCAAACCUUACGCCAAAGCCGGGGGGGAGUCGAGGAAGGAAGGCGCAAACUCUGGGAACGGAGACGGCAGCAAAGCGAGCUACCGGCUGCCCGGCGGCGCUUGCCCGGCUUUCCCCCCGCACUCCUCCCCGAAUUCCAGAGCAGGCUCCCCGCAGCAGCAGCUGCAAGGACACACGCCGCACGAAGCGAAACAGGGCGGCGAUUUAGUCAGCCUGGAUAAAAAGGACCAGCAGGAACUCUCCGGCUCUGCGGAAGCCCAGCUGGCAAACUCCAGCCACGCCCGGGCCAGCGCCAACUCCAGCAACGCCAGCUCCCAGUGCAGCCCGCACCACGGCGGCAGCGACGCGGGGAAAGCGGAGCCGCCGCCGCCGCAGCAGCACGGGCACGCCGCGUUGGGCUCCGGCCACGUCGCGCCGGUGUCCCCUUACAAACCGGGCCACUCCGUGUACCCGCUGCCGCCUUCCAGCAUGGGAUACCACGGCUCCAUCGUCGGGGCUUACGCCGGCUACCCCACACAUUACGGUUUGGAUCAUACCAAGUCCAGCCUGGUCGGGGGACAGCUCGGGGUGCCUGGAAAACACCCGAGCUCCAGCCCACUGACGGCCGCCUCUCCCCCAUCUUUCAUGCAAGGAUUAUGCCGGGACCCUUACUGUCUGACGUACCCCAGCAACUGCGCGUCCUGCGUGCACGACCACUCCUCCACGCUGAAAUCGGGGUACCCCCUGGUGUACCCCACCCACCCUUUGCACUCCCUCCACGCCUCCCCCCUCACCUCCAGCGCUACACCCACCCUGUCGGGGCACCCGCUCUACACCUACGGCUUCAUGCUGCAGAACGACCCGGCGCCGCACAUAUGCAACUGGGUGUCGGCCAGCGGACCGUGCGAUAAGCGCUUCGCCUCUUCCGAGGAGCUGCUGGCGCACCUCCGAACCCACACAGCCCUCCCCGGGGCGGACAAGCUGCUGGCGGGGUACCCUGGCGCCUCGUGUCACCUCCACCUCCCUUCUACGAGCCCGGGUAGCCCGACCGCUUUACCCGGUACCUUCUCUUUGAGAAGCCCGCACAGCCUGGGACUGAGCCGGUACCACCCUUACAGCAAGAGCCAUCUGCCCGCCAGCGGGCUGCCUGUGCACACGCUGCAGCCCGCGCCUUACUACUCUCCCUACGCCCUCUACAGCCAGAGGCUGACGUCAGCUUCUGCGUUAGGAUAUCAGUAGCAUUAGAAAGUAUUAUUAUUAUUAUUAUUAUUAUUAUUAUUAUUAUUAUUAUUAUUAUUAUUAUUAUUAUUAUA